AUGAUUCUUUCCAACAUAGUCCUCGUUGCGUCGUUGUUCUGCAUUCCCGUCCUCAGUCUUCCCAGAACAGACCAUGUCUUACACGAAAAGCGCUCGGAAGGCAUCAACCGUCUCUACCGCCGAGGCGCAAGAGUACCAUCCGAUGCCUUUAUCCCACUUCGCAUCGGGCUGGUACAACAGAAUCUUGAAACCGGCCAUGAGCGCCUCAUGGCGAUCGCUCAUCCAGAUUCGCCCCAGUACGGCCAACACCUGACCGCGGGAGAAAUCCACGACAUCUUCCAGCCCAGUGUCGAAACAUUCGAGAGCGUGCGAACCUGGCUGGUGAACUUCGGAGUCGAAGAAGCUAGCAUCCUGCAAUUCGAGAAUAGAGGAUGGCUCGCAGUAAAUAUAAGCGUCCGGAAAUUCGAGGAGAUGUUCAAAACUGAACUAUUCGAACAUGAGCACAUCCACUCCGGACAGAUUCGAGUGGGCUGUGAGGAGUACUCUCUUCCUCGUCGUCUGCGGCGAUCCAUCGACUAUAUCACUCCGGGCGUCAAGCUCUCGGCGCCAAUGAGGAAGAGGUCCGUGAAGAGAUCGCCGGGUGGCUCGCCAUGGCAUUACAGCACCGGACCCCGACCAGCACCACCGGGUUGGAGUCCACCACAUGAUUUCCCAGGAAACUGGAGUCUGCCCACCUAUCUUCCCCCGGAACUUCAAGACUGCGGUCGGAACAUCACUCCAGCUUGCGAGAGAGCGUUAUACGACAUUCCCAUCCCAACAAAAGCCGAUUCAAGAAACACCGUCGGUCUCUUCGAAGUCGGCGACCACUAUGCCCAGGCAGAUCUCAACCUCUUCUACGCCAAAUACGCACCGCGGAUUCCACAGGGCACUUCUCCGGUUCCAGCGUACGUGGACGGCGCAAUCGGACCCGUAGAUCAAGGCAGUGAGAUGGAAGGCGGCGAGGCCAUCAUCGACAUUGCCACGAUUGCUUCCCUCGUGUACCCUCAGACAGUCACGCUGUAUCAGACCGAAGACCAACCACAAGCCGAACUCGAACUCCAAGGCAAGCUUUCCGGUUUUCUGAAUACCUUUCUAGAUGCCUUGGAUGGGAGCUAUUGCAACUACUCCGCAUACGGUAUCAGCGGCAAUUCCCCAGGAAUCGACGCAUCGUAUCCGGAUAAUGUCCCCGGAGGAUACAACGCACCCCUUCAAUGCGGAGUGUACACCCCGGCAAGAGUAAUAUCCAUUUCGUAUGGAGAAUCAGAAAGCGAUCUUCCAAUCAACUACCAGCGCCGUCAAUGCAAUGAAUUCAUGAAGCUUGGGCUUCAGGGACAUACAAUUUUCUUCUCGUCUGGGGAUUUUGGAGUCGCUGCCGCGCCGGGAGAUGGCUCUGAUUCCGGAUGCUUGUCGGGCUCUGGGCAGAAUCAGACCGUAUAUGCGCCCAACACUCCCGCGAGCUGUCCCUAUGUUACAAGUGUGGGAGGCACACAAUUGAACGUAAGCAUCUGCCGACGUAUUUCCCACAGAAGCGUAGCUCGUUGACACCAAAGCUCUAGGCGGACGAGACCGUUCAUGAUCCGGAGACAGCGCUGCAACAAAAUAUGGGUGCCGGCCCAUUGUCUCUAUUUGCCAGUCAUGGAGGUGAGUUACCCCUGGUUCAUGGAUCUCGAGAUUGGUGCUUAUCUCAAGACAGGAUUUUCCAAUUACUUCAGCACUCCUUCAUACCAGCAGCAGGCCGUGGAAAAUUACUUCAAGAAAUAUGACCCUGGCCAUCCAUACUAUGUCAGUCAUUCAAUGUUUCCGAAGCCUCUCUUUUGCAUAGCGCUGACCUGUAGAGCCAGAUUACCAACGAGGAUGGUACCAACAUCGGGGAGAAUGGUGGAAUAUACAACAGAGCCGGUAGAGUAAGUGGAUCGAAGACCCCUUCCAGGAAAUCUCUGAUCUCAGAAUAGGGAAUUCCAGACGUCUCAAGCAACGGCGCAAACUUCCACGCCUUUGUUGGAGGAGUCGACAGGAAAUGGUUCGGUACCAGCUUAGCUGCGCCGACAUGGGCAUCUAUAAUCACAUUGGUAAGCUUUCCAAACAGCAUUUAUCUCAUAGUAUCGCUGACGGACUCUUACAAGAUUAACGAAGAGAGGACUGCCGUCGGCAAAGGUCCCGUUGGCUUCGUAAAUCCGGUCCUUUACGAGAACACAGACGUGUUCACGGACAUCACAAACGGCUCCAAUCCAAAUUGCGGUAGUUCUGGAUUUACCGCGCAACCUGGCUGGGACCCCGUGACUGGUAAGAGUUGUAUGAUGGCGUUCCGAUCACCGAAAUAACAUGUCGGCAGGUCUUGGAACGCCUCGGUAUCCUAAACUGUUGCAGCUUUUCAUGGGCUUGCCGUGA